GUCAUCAGCAAUCUAGGGUUUGGCUAAUUGGUUGCUUUUCGUUCUUAAUAGGGUGUGAUUGGGUUGGGUUUCUAGUUAGACAGACUUUAUUGAGUUGGUUUUUUAUUACUAAUUUCUUCAAUUUGGGUAUUCUUAAUUAAUUGAACUUAAUAGUGUUCGUUUCAAGAUUUGUAGCAGUUUCUAUCUUGGAAUUUUUUCACUAGAGGGUCUUAAUCUAGGAUUAGGUUAAUUUUUUUUUAUGGCAUUUGAAUGCCAGGAAAACAUAGCGGUUGGUUUGACAAAGAAUCCGGUGAAUACUGUACAUAAUUCUUGCAAAGAAGAAGUUGAGUUGAAUCAGUUUAAUUCCCCAAAUACCCAAAAAUAUUUGACUUUUGAUUCAAACACCGAUACUAGGGUGUCUGGAGAACCAAAGACCAUACUAGAAAUUCAUCCCAAAAGUGGUAUUUCUGCUUCUUGUAGCGCAAAAUCAUUGCCAUUGAAUGAGGUUUUGUCUAAUUAUCGCCACACAAUCACUGACCUUCCUCCGGCAUUGAUAUCAGAGAUACUUAAUUGCCUUGACCCUAAGGAGCUUGGUGUCGUUUCCUGUGUGUCUGCAUCUCUUUAUAGGCUUGCUUCUGAACACCAUGUUUGGAAGGAGUUUUAUUGCGACAGAUGGGGACAUCCAAUAGCCCCAGCACCUCAGGGGACGGAGUAUUCGGAUGAGAAGUCAUGGAAGGAACUCUUUGUAGAGAGGGAGUUUCGGAGCAAAAUCUUUAUGGGCCGCUAUGGUAUUGAUGUUCUUUAUGGUCACACUGAAGCUGUUAGGACUGUUUUUCUUCUGUCUGCUAAGAAACUCGUAUUUACCUCAGGGUAUGAUCAAAUUGUUAGGAUGUGGGAGAUGGAAGAAGGGUUGUCAAUUGCAUCCUCUCGUCCCCUUGGUUGCACUAUUCGUGCAGUUGCAGCAGAUACCAGGCUCUUGGUAGCUGGGGGUACUGAUGGAUUUAUACAUGGUUGGAGGGCAGAGGAAGGGCAUCCUUAUUUGUUUGAUCUUAGGGGUCCCCAGAACCAGAACAAAGAGUUCCGGCUUUGGGAACAUGAUGGGCCUAUAACAUGUCUUGCUUUGGACCUUACUAGAAUUUACAGUGGUUCAUGGGACAUGACUGUGCGUGUUUGGGACCGUUCUUCAUUGAAGUGCUUGAAAAUCUUGAUGCAUAAUGACUGGGUUUGGAGCCUUGCCCCUCAUGAUACUACAGUGGCAAGCACAUCAGGAUCAGAUGUACAUGUGUGGGACACUAAUAGUGGGACUCAGAUAGCCGUAAUCAGUAAUGCGCAUGUGGGCAACACUAACUCUUUGGCUCGGAGCCACACUGGGAAUCUCUUAUUCACUGGGGGAGAUGAUGGGGCAGUACACAUGUUUGAGAUCACCAAUCGUGCUGUGGGUCAUGUUCGGCAGGUUGCAACAUGGAUUCCUCAUUCCGGUCCUGUUUAUUCUCUUGCAUUUGAGUUCCCCUGGCUUGUUUCAGCUUCCAGUGAUGGAAGGCUUUCACUUAUUGAUGUGAGAAAGCUGCUGAAGAAAAGUGGGUAUUGUUCAAUGGUAAAACCUUCGAGGGUUAUCAACACAGACCAGAGGGAUGUGGAGCCUCCACAGAGAAUGCUACAUGGGUUUGGGUGCAAUUUAUUUGCGGUGGAUAUUGGUUCUGAUCGCAUUGUAUGUGCAGGCGAAGAAGGUGUUGUUAGAAUUUGGAACUUCUCACAAGCUUUGGAGAUAGAGCGAAGGGUGCGUGCUUUAAGAGGUAUACGGUUAGAGAACAGGAUGAGGAGGCGGAAGCUUCAAACAGAAAUGACCAGCAAAGGUGGCCGAACUGAUCAGUGUUCUGUUGCCGCAAAGAAGAAUCAAUUGAAUGGUGAUAGGAAUGGCUGGCACCACAAGCGUGGGGUGAGUGGGAAGCUGAAGGCUUAGCUGUUGAUCAGAACCUCCUGCUGUUUAUGCAUGCUAUCGCUCUAGUACUCUUUGGCUGAUCAUGUAAGAUAUAAAUAAAUAAUUUGUCGUUUAAACAAUAUAAAUUUAGACAACUGUUACUUUCAUUAAUUUUCGGAUCAGCAAGUUGUCUUGUGUUGGUUGCUCCCUGAUGUAUUUGUUUUACAUUGUUGUGUCUGUGUUACUGCGUGACUGAUCAGGGCAUCUCAUACUAAAUAUGAGUAGCAGGUCAAUGUGGACUCAGAAUGCUUCCAUGAAAUACCUGAGUUUAGUGGUCUACCUUUUUAUAUUUUGAGUUCUGUUUUGAUUGAAAGUCCUUGUUAUGACAUUCUUUUUC